GCCAUCAGACGGGAGAACUAAAGAACUGAUAUCAAGAUCAGAGCAAAUCUAUCAGAUUUAAAUACUUUAAGCUCACCAUAAUGAAGACCUUUGCUGUUGCAGUUGCCGUGUCCCUCAUGCUCACAUUUAUCUGUAUUCAGGAGAGUUCUGCAGUCCCAGCCGCUGAGGGUCCUGAGCUGAUGGAGGUGCUGACUGACGACGGCUCACUCGCCGUAGAUCACGACAUGCCAGAGGACUCUGUAAAUACUUCGUAUGACUCGGUCCAGAUGCGCCGCCGUCGCCGUCGAUGCCGCUUCUGCUGUGGAUGCUGCCCCAACAUGGUUGGCUGUGGAACCUGCUGCAAAUUCUGAGCAACUGAGCUCCAGGCUGCAGAUCCUUGAAGCACUGUAGCAAAAAGAAAAAGAAGAAAAUGACA